AUGGACAGUCGGAAGCAUCAACUGCUCCCCAGGAGCAGCAGCCUUGCUGCUUCUCCUGCUGUUCCUGCUCCUCCUGCUGCUCCUGCCCGUUCUCCCGCUGCUGCUGCUACUGCAGCAGCAGCAGCUACUGAUGCUGCUGCUGAUGCUGCUGCUGCUGCUGAAAAUCCAGCUGGCUAUCUUCAAGAGGAGGCAAGCGCCUCUUCAUUCGAUUCGUGUGUAUCUGCUUCUGGAUCCUCUUCUGCAGGCAGCAGCGACGGCAGCAGCAACAGCAGCAGCAACAGCAGCAGCAACAGCAGCAGCAACAGCAGCAGCAGCAGCAGCAGCAGCAGUGGCAUCAGCAGCAGCAACAGCAGCAACAACCACAGCAGCAGCAGCAACGGCGGCAGCAACAGCAGCAGCGCUGUGUCUCCCUCAGCUGCACCCGCGCAGGUUCCUCCCAUCCCUGUCUCCGACAGCAACAGCAACAGCAACAGCAGCAGCAGCAGAACCAGCAGCAGCAGACGGCCUUGCACUGUGUUGAAGAGCAGCAAAGGAGGGGCUUGUCCUGCUGCUGCUGCUGCUGGCGACUUUUGCAAACCUGCCCCCCAGGCCCCGCCCUACUUGUGCUUUUGUUUGGCUGACGAUGCAGAAGCAGCAGCCGCACUCCAACUGCAGCAGCAGCAGCAGCAGCAACAGCAGCAGCAGCAGCAGCAGCAGCUGUGCGUCUUCCCCUCCCCCCCCGCUAUCCCGUUAUCCGACGGCUCGCCAGUGGCAGGCGAAGCAGCAGCAGCAGCAGCAGCAACGGGCGCGUCGGACUGCGAGUUGGGGGUGGCAGCUGCUGCUGCGCCCGCUGCUGCUGCUGCUCCUGCUGCUGCGGGAGAGGCAGCAGGCUGCUGCGGCGUGGGGCGGCUGGUGGGCCUCACAAUGGCCCUUUUUGUGGCUCUUCAAAUUAUUUUUAAUAUUGAUAAUGGAAUUGUUCCUGCUGUGCUGCCGCAGCUCUGGGAAGAAUUCCGAAUCCCGGAUUCCCAGCAAGGGCUGCUGGGUGCGCUGCCGUACGUGGGCACGGCGUGCGUGUCUCCGCUGAACUCGCGUUUGCUGCUGCUGCUGCGGCCGAAGCUGCUGCUGUGUCUGUCGCUGUGCUGCAACGCAGCAGCUUGCUGCUUGUUCGUGGGGGCCCCCGGGGGCCCCUCUCUUCUUGCUGCUCGCUUUCUUGUUGGAGCUACUCAAACCCCUUUCUUCAUUUUGGCUCCAGUUUGGAUUGAUGCUUUUGCCCCGCAGCAGCAAAUGACCCUCUGGAUGGGGCUGCUGCAGGGCUCCGUCGUCCUCGGCAUCAUG